UUGACCCGGGAAGGAGGAGCCUGCGCGCAGAGGCAGAGCCGAGUUCAGCUGGCGGCUCCUGCUUUCUGGGCUGCACCGUGGCUUCUCCUUCUCUUCCCUGGGCCUCCGUCCAGUGAGAUAUCUCAGCCAUGAGCAACCCAUUUUCACACCUUGAGGAACCACUGGACCCUGGCCAGUCAACAAAGUUCUUCAGUUUAAAACGCUUGGGAGACCCCAGAUAUGAACGUUUACCAUUUUCUAUCAGAGUCUUACUGGAGGCUGCAGUUCGCAACUGUGAUGAGUUCCUUGUGAAGAAACACGAUGUUGAAAAUGUCCUCAACUGGAAGGAGAUGCAACACAAGAACAUUGAAGUGCCGUUUAAGCCCGCCAGAGUCAUUCUGCAAGAUUUUACUGGUGUCCCUGCUGUAGUUGAUUUUGCUGCUAUGCGAGAUGCUGUGAAGAUGCUGGAAGGAGACCCAGAAAAAAUCAACCCCGUCUGUCCUGCUGAUUUAGUGAUUGACCAUUCCAUCCAAGUUGAUUUUAAUAAAAGGCCAGACAGUUUAGAAAAGAAUCAAGAUCUAGAGUUCGAAAGGAACAAAGAACGAUUUGAGUUCUUAAAGUGGGGUUCCCAAGCUUUCCAGAACAUGAGGAUUAUUCCUCCAGGUUCUGGGAUUAUCCAUCAAGUGAAUUUAGAGUAUUUGGCAAGAGUUGUCUUUGAUCAGAAUGGAUACUAUUAUCCAGACAGUGUUGUCGGCACUGAUUCACAUACCACAAUGAUCAAUGGCUUAGGAGUGCUUGGCUGGGGUGUGGGGGGCAUUGAAGCCGAAGCGGUGAUGCUGGGCCAGCCAAUCAGCAUGGUGCUCCCAGAAGUGAUUGGUUACAAACUGAUGGGAAGUCCCGAUCCACUUGUCACGUCUACAGACAUAGUGCUAACAGUUACCAAGCAUUUACGUCAGGUUGGAGUUGUGGGCAAAUUUGUAGAGUUCUUUGGGCCUGGGGUUGCUCAGUUGUCCAUUGCGGACCGAGCCACAAUUGCCAACAUGUGCCCAGAAUAUGGUGCCACUGCAGCCUUCUUCCCAGUUGAUGAAGUUAGCAUCAGAUACCUCGUCCAAACAGGACGGGAUCAACAAAAGAUUCAGCAUAUAAGAAAGUACCUUGAAGCUGUAGGAAUGUUCAGAGAUUUCAAUAAUUCAUCUCAAGAUCCAGAAUUUACUCAGAUUAUAGAGUUGGAUCUCAAAACUGUAGUGCCAUGUUGUAGUGGCCCUAAAAGACCACAAGACAAGGUUGUGGUCUCUGACAUGAAGAAGGAUUUUGAGACAUGCUUGGGAGCAAAGCAAGGGUUCAAAGGUUUCCAAAUUGCCCCUGAACAUCAUAAUAACAAGGUGAACUUUGUUUACAAUGACCUGGAGUUUGAACUUACACAUGGGUCAGUCGUGAUUGCUGCCAUCACCAGCUGUACCAACACAAGUAAUCCGUCUGUUAUGCUAGGAGCUGGAUUGCUUGCAAAGAAAGCUGUGGAAGCCGGUCUGUCGGUGAAACCAUACAUCAAAACUAGUCUGUCCCCAGGAAGUGGAGUAGUCACGUACUAUCUGAAGGAGAGUGGUGUUAUGCCUUAUCUUGCUCAACUAGGGUUUGAUGUGGUAGGUUAUGGAUGUAUGACAUGUAUUGGUAACAGUGGACCACUACCUGAGACUGUUGUUGAAGCCAUUACUGAGGGAGACCUUGUUGCGGUGGGUGUCCUUUCUGGAAACAGGAAUUUCGAGGGCCGUGUCCAUCCAAACACUCGUGCCAAUUAUUUAGCUUCCCCGCCGUUGGUCAUAGCCUAUGCUAUUGCUGGGACUGUAAGGAUUGACUUUGAAAAGGAGCCUCUGGGUGUCAACUCACAAGGAAAGAAGAUCUUUCUGAAAGACAUUUGGCCCUUGAGAGAGGAAAUCCAAGCAGUCGAGCGCCAGCAUGUCAUUCCAGGGAUGUUUAAAGAGGUCUACCAGAAAAUCGAGACUGUAAAUAAAGCCUGGAAUGAUUUAGAUGUUCCAUCAGACAAGCUAUAUGCUUGGAAUCCAAAAUCCACAUAUAUUAAAUCUCCUCCGUUUUUUGAAAACCUGACUCUGGAGCUUCCUCCUCCCAAAUCCAUAGUUGAUGCUUAUGUCCUGCUCAAUUUUGGUGAUUCUGUAACUACGGAUCAUAUAUCUCCAGCCGGAAACAUAGCAAGAAACAGCCCAGCUGCUCGAUACUUAACUAGUAGAGGCCUAACUCCUCGAGAGUUCAAUUCUUAUGGCUCACGUCGAGGGAACGACGCUGUCAUGGCAAGAGGGACAUUUGCAAACAUACGCUUGUUGAACAAAUUCCUUAACAAGCAAGCCCCUCAAACCAUCCACUUCCCAUCAGAUGAAACACUUGACGUGUUUGAUGCUUCUUGGAGAUACCAGCAAGCAGGUCACCCUCUUAUCAUCCUGGCUGGUAAGGAGUAUGGCUCUGGAAGCUCCCGAGACUGGGCUGCAAAGGGACCUUUUCUGCUGGGCAUCAAAGCAGUCCUUGCCGAAAGCUACGAGAGGAUUCACCGCAGCAAUCUGGUGGGGAUGGGAGUGAUCCCUCUGCAGUAUUUGCCUGGUGAGGAUGCUGAGAGUCUUGGGCUGACCGGCCGUGAACGCUACACAGUCAUGAUGCCUGAUGAGCUGGUGCCCAGAAUGAAUGUACAGAUCAAGUUGGAUACUGGGAAGACCUUCCAAGCCAUUAUGAGGUUUGACACAGAUGUGGAGCUCACUUAUUUCCGAAACGGGGGCAUCUUGAACUAUAUGAUUCGCAAGAUGGCAUCCUAGUCCCUGAAACUGGACUCCGCCAGUUUCCAUUUUAUCAUGAAACCUGCCUUUUUUUCUGAUGAGAAUGCACAGCAAUUGUGAAAAACUAUAUAUGUCCAAAUGCUGAAUUAAGUAUGUAUAGGUAGCAUUAUUCAAAUUUAUGUUUAUGCUGUUAGAAUGUGUGGCUAGGUGCCUUACCCACCAAACAACCUUGUGUUGUGUGUGUGUUUUUGUGUGUAUUAACUCAUCCUGCCCUCCCAUAUCUUAUUUCAUCAGUCCAUUGUAUAUGGGUGGGUACAAUGUGAAACUGGUUAACACAGUGCUACAUUAAGUGAAAUCCAGACACCACUUUACCCUUUUCAGUGUUUUAUACAGCAAUUGAUGAUAAGAGUUGAUAAAUUAGAAUUAAAUGACUAAAAUCUGCUUCCUUUUAAAACAGUUAAUCAGAAUUCUCCCUUGAAAAAUGUAAUCAUGCUAAAAUUAUUUCAGUGGCUUAGCACUUCCGUCUUACAGAUUGAAUGUUCUCUGUUAUGCUUCCUCCUCCUUCUUUGUGAGGGAAGGCCAAAGUAGAUAUUAUGUUGAAGGCAUAGCUAGCAGCUAUAUCUUUUUUUACUCUAGCAGUAACUCAAGGGCUAAUGAACAUUGGUUGGGGGCUUUAACCUCCCCAGUCAUGCGUGUUGUGACUGCACUAUGUCCACUGAAAAUGGUAUAUAAGAAACCAGUCGCUCUCUGCACAGCAAUAUAAAAUGUGUGUGUUCCUAGAGAUAGGGGAACCACAACAGAGAGAAGGAGUUAAAGAUCCUCCCCAGUCCCAGAUCAGGCACUUUAUGCUUGAGUUAGAGCAGUGGUUGUCAACCUGUCCUGUUUUGGCCUUCAACUCCCAGAAACAGCUGGUAAACUAGCUGGAAAUUCUGGGAGUUGUAGGCCAAAACAUCUGAGGACCCAUAGGUUGAGAAUCACUGUAGUGAGAGUUUUAAAAAAUGGGGGGGGGGGAGGAUAUGGCUACUUAACAUUUUAAAGCAUUGCGUCUUUGAUCUAAAGUCUUUGGGGUAGGGAGAUUUGAAAAUCAUUUAUAAUAAAAUCCAAUUUAUUUUCAAAAAA